UAAUUAUAUUAAAAGAAACCACUGUUGAGUUUCAUUCCAAUAUGGCGCGAAUCAUAUCGAUAUCGAAAUAUCGAGUGAAUAAGCUGUCUGUGUAUCGCUUCCGUGCAUUUAACCUUCCUAUUGACAGUCAGAAUGCCGCUCGCCGCUUAUUAAGAAACACCUGUAUUUGGUGUCUGUAAAAACCUUAAUGGACGCCCUUGUGUGACGCGAUACAUAUAAUCUAUCCUAAUUCAUCCCGCUGAUCCUUGUGUAUAGGCUUAAAUAUAGUGCGAUUCUAACUUAAGACAUUAUAAAUUGUGAGAGAUAACGUGAAAAUUCAGCAGGACUGCUGUGUAAAGUGUUUUUGUGAAACGUGAGAAAAACAGUGCACUGACGUGUACGAUUGGGCUUCAUCGUGUACGUUAAAUACCUCAAGAAGAAACAUGAAGUGAUACCAAAAUAUUGGCAAAACAGCUCAAACUUAUCAAAUAGUAACAAGACGAUCUUGACCGUAUCAUCGAAUGGAUCAAAGAGUGACUAUUAACCCUGAAUGUUGAAGAGUUCAUUUUUCUAAAUAUAGGAAACAACAUACCAAAGAAAUCUUGUAUUCUUAACUUCAAACAGCUCAAAAGAAUUACUAACCAAAAUUACGUGGACAUGACCGUAACCCACAAUUUAAAAUGGGAAGAUCUAAGAAAGAAUUAAAAAAUAAUAGAAUAACAAUAGCUUAAUGACAUCUAUAGCAUAGCCCAGGCGCUGGUUUUAAAUAUUAUCGUGACGUAUGAUCGCCUGUUACUGAAGUAUGAGUUUCAAAUUUGAAGUAGUCCUUAACUUCAAAAUGAAACCAACCUUCUAGAAAGCGGGACAAAAGAGUAAAUAAAAUGGUUCCAUGCCUUGGAAUAUGAGGAACACCUUGCAAACAGGAAACACAACAAAAAACUUUUAUGCACUCUACGUACAAGCAAUACCAGACUUCACUUUCUGGCUAAUCGUAACUAAGUCGUGGCUUCACUCCCAAAUGCUGCUAGUAUAAAAACUGGAAAAAUAAUAACUAAAUGACACCUUUUGUAUACUCUAUUGACGCAUCCCUUGUCAAGUUAGUAUAAAGAGCAGAACAGUAUGAUCCUAAUAUGCUCAUGAUCUUAAUCCCUAAAUAAAACAUUUUCAUUUUUAACACAACAUGCUGUAUAGCAGGGAUUUAUCUACUGCAUUAUCAUUUCGAUAAGAACGGCAGAAUACAUUAAUAAAGAUUGUAAUUAUUAUGUGUAGCGGAGUGAAAACAGUACACGACAAUUACUAAGAACGUCCAGACAUAAAUAAAUCGUAAAAGCAAUUUAAAAGUAUAAUAUUACAAGAAUGACGUCGCAAUCGGAAGCUCAAGAUAAAAUUUUUUUGAUAACCGGAGGUGCAUCUGGCCUAGGAGCGGAAUAUGCCAAGAUAUUUCUGCAGCUUGGAGCUAAGAAUGUGGCCGUGUUGGACAUUGCUGAAGCAGUCGGCAAAACCUAUGUUGCAUCACUCAACGAAACAUAUCCAGGGAAGGCUAUGUUCAUCAAAUGUGACGUUAGUAAGGAAGAUGAAAUUAAGUCCGCUUUCCAACAAGUACUGGACGCGAACAAGAGAAUAGAUGUAAUCAUUAACAACGCAGGAAUGUUGAAUGACUCUCCACACCUAUGGAGAACCGCGUGCGAUGUCAAUUGGCAAGGUUCAGUAUCAUUCACACUCAAAGGUAUGGAACAUAUGCGCAAAGAUAAAGGAGGGGCUGGUGGCACUAUUAUUAACAUUUCAUCUGCUGCUGCACUCCUCAAGAGCCCUUCUUUUCCAAUGUACUGCGCUGCCAAAUUGGCUGUGUUACAUUUCAGUCAAACUCUUUCUGUGCCCCCAUUUUUCGAUCGCACUGGUAUUCGCAUCUUAACAAUCUGCAUUGGACCGACGUGCACUCCAAUAAUGGAAAAUCUUCAUGAGCGAUCGUUAGAUAUUAAAUUAGGGGAAACCUACUUGAAAACUAUAGAUGAUCCGGGGUUAUACCAAAGGAUUGAGCCGGUUGUCACGGCUUUUGUAAAAAUGUUUAAAGAAGGAGAGCCUGGCUCUAUUUGGCUAUCAAUAAAAAAUAAACCAGGAAUUGAUAUUACAUCCGACAUUAAUCAGGCCUUUGAUGAAUUUAAGAUGAAGUGGUUAGCCUAGUAUGCUCAAGUUCAAGUAUAGAUGAUUAUGUGAUGCUUAUUAUUACAGCCUGAAAGAUUGUGAAUUAAACAAGUUUUACGUAUUCUGUAAAUAAGAAAUAAGUUGUUCUAAUUUACUAUACAUAACACAGUUAUUAUUUCUAUUUAA